UAAACCUCAGCAAAAUAUCUAACUAGCACUCGUUACGCGAUUCUUGUUUGUCAAUCUGGUAAACUGCAUUGUACUUAUUUUAAUAUUACUCAGCUUUUAUGCAUUUCAAGAGUACGCGGUGAAUCAUUCUUACAGUUGUUGCGCUAGUGUUUUUCAAUAAAAUUUUUGUAUUAAAUUAUUUCUUAAUUAUUAUAUACAUAUAUAUUAAAAAUGUUGGGAUGGUUAAGAAAAGAUGAUGGAAAAAAAAUUGAGACAUACGAAUCUGUUUUGGACGGAUUACGUGAAAAAUACAAAACCAAACUUCUACCUUUAGAAUUAGCGUAUCAAUUUCACGAUUUUCACUCGCCACAAUUGGAUGAUCCAGAUUUUGAUGCAAAGCCUAUGAUAUUGCUUGUGGGUCAAUAUUCUACUGGUAAAACAACUUUUAUUAAACAUCUGCUAGAAUCAGAAUUUCCAGGAAUACGGAUUGGACCAGAACCUACUACAGAUCGAUUUAUUGCUGUAAUGUAUGAUGAAAAAGAGAGUAUAAUUCCUGGAAAUGCUUUAGUUGUAGAUCCUAAAAAACAAUUCAGACCUUUAUCAAAAUUUGGCAAUGCAUUUCUCAAUCGUUUUCAAUGUUCCUUAGUCAACUCACCAGUACUUAAAGGUAUUUCCAUAGUUGAUACACCAGGUAUAUUAUCAGGUGAAAAACAAAGAGUUGAUAGAGGAUAUGAUUUUACUGGAGUACUUGAGUGGUUUGCGGAACAUGUCGAUAGAAUUAUUUUGUUAUUUGAUGCACAUAAACUAGACAUAUCUGAUGAGUUCCGAAGGUCUAUAGAAGCACUUCGAGGUCAUGAUGACAAAAUAAGAAUUAUUUUAAAUAAAGCUGAUAUGAUUGAUCAUCAGCAGCUAAUGAGAGUCUAUGGUGCAUUGAUGUGGUCAUUAGGUAAAGUAUUACAAACUCCAGAAGUAGCCAGAGUAUAUAUUGGAUCAUUUUGGGACAAACCCCUAAGAUACGAUGUUAAUAGAAGAUUAUUUGAAGAUGAAGAACAAGACCUAUUUAAAGAUUUGCAAUCAUUGCCUGGUAAUGCUGCUUUAAGGAAAUUAAAUGAUUUAAUAAAAAGAGCAAGAUUAGCUAAAGUCCAUGCUUAUAUUAUCAGUUCUCUUCAUAAAGAAAUGCCUUCUAUUUUUAGAAAAGAUGGAAAGAAAAAAGAUUUGAUAAAAAAUUUGGGUGCUAUCUAUCAAAAUAUACAACGUGAACAUCAAAUUUCUCCUGGAGACUUUCCUGAAAUAAAAAAGAUGCAGGAUAUAUUGAUUAACCAAGAUUUUAGUAAAUUCCAAAGCCUUAAACCUCAUUUGUUAGAAGAAGUUGAUAAAAUGUUAGCAAAUGAUAUUGCUAAAUUAAUGGCUAUGAUACCUUUACAAGAUGUCGAUAAUCGCCUUGUAAAGAAUGGAGAUGUUCCUACAGAAUCAGCAGUUGUAAAAGGUGGUGCAUUUGUUAGCGUCCAAGAUACAAUCAGUCCAUUUGGUUAUAAGCGAGGAGAAGGUAUUGAUGCAGGGAAAGGUGAAACUGGUUGGGUAGUAAACAAGGAACGGCAUAAAUAUGAUGCUAUAUUUGCAGAUUUAGAAAAGUCUGAUGGAAAGUUAUCAGGAGCUGUUGCUAAGGCUGAAAUGGUUAAAUCAAAAUUACCAAACUCAGUUUUGGGGAAAAUUUGGAAACUUUCUGAUAUUGACCAUGAUGGUUUCUUAGAUGCUGAUGAAUUUGCUUUAGCUUUGCAUUUAAUUCAAGUAAAACUCGAAGGCCAUGAAUUGCCAACAGAAUUGCCUGAACACCUAGUUCCUCCUUCAAAAAGAGAUAUUUGAUUGUACAUCAAUGAAUUAAAAUAUUUUGGGCCUAUUAUUCCUAGUUAAUGUUUUAAUAAAUUAAAUAUUUCAUAUGGAACCAGCACAAUAUUUUUUGAAUAUACUUUUUGCAAUAUUGUAAAUUGUAUUUUAUUACAAUAUUUUAUAUAUAAUAUUAUAAAAAAAAGUAUUUUUAUUACUUAAUUAUAAACUUGUUAAAUUUCCAAAUGCAUUUAGUUAGUACCAUCAUUGAAUAUGUGAUAUAUUUAUUUAUUAUUAUUAUUUUUAAUUUUUAACAUCGUGGCAAUGUUCUAUUGUACUAAAAUUAUAUUAUAUCAUAAUUUAGAACAUUGUUGAUAUGAAUAGGAAAAAUCUAUGGUAAUACUGCUGACCUAAGUAAUUUCUUUUUUCUUUUUGUUGUAAGAUAUAUUGUUUUCAAAAAAUAUUUUAAUUAUGUUUUAUUGACAUUGAAUCAUUUUAUUUGUUAUAUAAUAGUUAAAUUUACUUUCUUCUUGUUACUUAUAUUUGGAUGAUAUAUAUAUAUUUAUAUUUAUAUUAUUGUUUUGAAAGUAAAAUUUUGUAUAAUAAUGCUUUUAAUUUACUUAAUUUUUUAAUCAAUAUUCCAUCCUGAUAUCAAAUUUUGCUUUUAAAAAUCCCUGAGCCUCUACAUAUUAGUUAAUAACCUUUGUAUUUUUAAUUAUGAAUUAAGUGGAAAAUUUGUCUAACUAUAAUCAAAGGACUCAAAUUCUGCAUAUUAUUAAUAUUUGUGGAUAUUAUUGAUAAUAAUUGAUUUUAGUUAUUCUUAACAAUAAAAACCUUAUUUUAUUUUAAAGAUAUUUUUACAUACAGUUUAGUAUUCAAGAAUUUUAUAAGCGUUAAGCUUUCAAUAUUGGAUAUUCUGAAACUAUAUUUUAGAGAGAAGUCAAAAUGUAUAUUUUAUAUUAAGCCAUCUUCCUUUAAGAAAUCUUGGAUACAUUGUCACAUAGUAACAAUUAUUAACAUUGUUAAAUAAAUAUAAUAUCAAGGAAUAAAGUUUAACUGAGAAUCCCUAA